GUCACUUUUCGAUCGUACAAAGUCGUGUGUCGUGUUUGAAAAUUAUGGCUUAAAAUAAAAAAAAAAUAAAGUCCUGUUUUCUACCUUAAUAUUAUGCGAGUAAAUUCGCUUAAUAUACUUGUGCAAAUUCAUUGGUGUGGUGUUAUUAUCGUGAAGUAAAGGGUAAUAAUUGAUAUGUGAUCAUAAAUGGCGAUAAUAUCGGUAUAUUUGUGUGUUAUGUUGUGAGAGAGCGAUGGAUCGGCGGUGUUCACAAUCUGUCCGGACGCUUAUUUUCGAUGAUUCGGACUCGGAUUUACCGAACAUCGGUAAGAAAAAGGAUCUAUCAUCGACGGGGGCUCCUUCAUCUUUAAAUCAGAGUGCUGAAGAUGCCAGCAAGGCGUUGCGGAGCAAUCUCCUGCGCAUGCGCAGGUCAGCACUCGGCAAAUCGGCCCCAGCGCUUUCUGUCCAUGUGAAAGAGUCAUGUGCGGUGUCAAGGCGGCCGUCUCGACUGCCUCCUCCGCCACCACAUCACAGGCUAUCUCUGGUGGUUGGUUCAGGGCGGUGCAGUUCCCCGGGUACGGGCCCACUGUCGCCGGCGGAGGGCCCUCGUUGGCCGCACGCUCACCACGCCCAUCCUCUGCAUCACGCUCUUUUGUCGUCCAGUGUCAAACGCGGCAAGGAGAUAGAUGGCAGAAGAUGGUCGGUGGCGUCGCUGCCUUCGUCUGGGUAUGGGACAACGCCCGGCAGCUCCAGUCUGUCACAGUCGCAAUGCUCGUCCCAGGAGCGUCUGUUGGCGGCGCAGGGCGCGUACGAACCGCCGCGUGCGCCCUGCCCGCACUGCCAGCAGCAUCAGAACUCGCUCAACAGCUCGCAGGGGUCCGGCAUGAACUGGGCGUCGCUGUCGGACAGCGGGGGCAGCGGCCACGCCCCGCGCGCGCCCUCGCCACGCCCCGCACCGAAGCGUGUACGCAGUCGCAGUCUCAGUUCGCCGUCGCGGUCGCCGGGGGGCGGGUCUGGCGGCGAGGGCGCGCGCGAGGACGCCGUCACAGCGAUGUCCGCGCUCUUCGCCGCGCGCUUCCCCGCCGCACAGAAACACAUGGAUGACAAAUUGCGGGGACUUAUUGACGAGUUGACGGAACUUGACAAGAAACCUGACAGGCCUCCUAUAGAAAGAUUUGUUCAACGACAGGUGUUGGAGAUGGCGCGUGAUUGUUUACACAAGUCGGAAUCCAAGCAGGUGACCAGCACGUACUUCUAUGACAUGGCGGACAGUCUCGACAGGUUGUUAGCUGAGACUCGUGAGAAGUCUGCGGAGGCGGGUGCGCAAGUGGCGCCGCUGGUGACGCGACUGGUGCUGGCGAUGGCGCGCCCGGCGAGACUGCUAGAGUGCCUGGAGUUCGACCCUGAGCGCUUCUACCGCCUGCUAGAGGCCGCUGAGGGGCAUGCCAGGCAGUCGCAGGGUAUAACGACGGACAUCCCGCAGUACAUAAUACACAAGCUGGGGUUGUCACGUGACCCGCUGGCGGAACUGCACGCGCCGCCCCCGCCGCCGCCGCCGCCCCCGCAGCACUCCGCCUCGCCCUCCAAGGGGCGUGGCCGCCAGUCGCCGCCGGGCGCGCCCCCCGGCGGCGCCCCGCCCAGCGAGAACGACUACCACGUCAUCAAACUGAUCUCCAACGGCGCGUACGGCGCAGUCUACCUCGUCAAACACAAACUAACCAGACAGAGAUAUGCAAUGAAGAAGAUAAGCAAGAACAAUCUAAUCCUGAGGAACCAAGUGGAGCAGGCCUUCGCGGAGAGAGACAUCCUCAGUUUUGCUGAUAAUCCUUUUGUGGUGACGAUGUACUGUUCGUUCGAGACGAAGCGCCAUCUGUGUUUGAUCCUGGAGUUCGUGGAGGGCGGCGACUGCGCCACGUUGCUGCGCGCCGGCCCCCUGCCGCCCGACAUGGCGCGACAUUACUUCGCUGAGGCAGUGCUCGCUGUCGAGUAUCUGCAUUCAUACGGCAUCGUGCAUAGAGACCUCAAGCCUGAUAACCUUCUUAUAACUGCGACGGGACAUAUAAAGUUGACGGAUUUUGGACUAAGCAAAAUGGGCCUUAUGUCGUUGGCUACAAAUCUGUACGAAGAGUACGCGGACCGCGAGGCGCGUCAGUUCUCCGACAAGCAAGUCUGCGGUACGCCGGAGUAUAUCGCUCCUGAAGUUAUACUGAGACAAGGUUACGGCAAGCCUGUGGACUGGUGGUCUAUGGGUGUGAUCCUGUACGAGUUCCUGGUGGGCUGCGUGCCGUUCUUCGGAGACACGCCGGAGGAACUCUUCGCUCAUACUGUUAACGAUGAUAUAGAGUGGCCCUCAGAGGAAGACUUUCCUAUAGCGAUAGAAGCGAGGACCAUCAUCACGGAACUCCUCGCCAGGAACCCGCGCGACCGCCUCGGUACUGGCGGCACGCAUCAAGUCAAGGAUCACAUAUACUUCUACGGCUUGGAUUGGAAUAAUCUGUUGCGACGUAAGGCGGAGUUCAUACCGCAGCUGGAGAAUGACGAGGAUACCAGUUAUUUUGAUAGUCGCUGUGACCGCUACAACCACAGCGAGGCGGACACGGACGAGGCGGGCGAGGGCGGGGAGCCGGGGGAGGAUCCGCUGUUCGCCGCCUUCUCCUCCACUUCCCCGCAGUGGAGGAGACAUUACCAUCACUCGCAUUCACACUCCCACUCCGUGGUAUCACAUGAUUCCAGGAGCACGGACAGCUGGCCGGGCACGCCGGACAGCGCGGGCCCGCCCACCACGCCCACCGCCCACCACCACCCCAAGUGCCCAUUGGUGGGAACGGGCGGAGGGUCGACAGCGGAGUCUUCACAAACGGAUUCUGACGACGUGUCGCCGGCCGCGCGCCGCCGCGCCGCGCUGCGCCCGCCGCCGCUCGCCGCGCACGCGCACGGACACGCCCACGCGCACGCGCACGCGCACGCACACCCGCACCCGCCCCUGCUGCCUAGGAUAACCGACACUUCGAAGCGUGAAGAUAAGGGUGCCGACAGGGUAGACAAGCCAGAGAAAUCAAAGCCGAUAGCUCUCGCUGCACCUAAAACAAUGCGCCGCUCCGCCAGCACCUCCGGACUCUCCCUUGUUAUACAUCCAGCAGAGGAGGGCGGCGCGGGCGCUGGCGGGGGCGGGGCGGCGUCUCCGUGCGCCGGAAACACCUCCUCCACGAACUCUUCGCGAGACUCCUCCCCUUGUCGCGACCCGCCCUCUCCCUUCGCUAUUGCUAAUCACUCUCUGAUCCAGUCUUCCAAGCCGCCGAUAGUGGUGCGUCGUGGUCCGCGCGGCUUCGGCUUCACGAUACACACCGUGAGAGUCUACUACGGGGACUCCGACUACUAUACUAUGCAUCAUCUCGUCUCUGCGGUGAGUGAGCAAGGCGCGGCGUGGGCGGCCGGCCUGCGCGCGGGAGACCUCAUCACACAGCUUAAUGGAGAGUCCGUGCAGGGACUGCUGCAUACACAGGUGUUGAAGUUACUGUUGACUGCGCCUCAUGCGACAUUACGUGCGACGCCCCUAGACCAAACUACAAUACAGGCGGGAGGGCGUCGCCGCGCGGGAGGGAGGCGGGCCUCCGCGCCGCCCCGCCCCCGGCCGCGCCGCCGCUGCUCGCUGUUCCGACGUAUCUCCACCAAGCGAGCCUCGCAGGAGAUGCACCAGAUGGUGACAGCGGCAGGUAGCGGAGAGUGUUCUUCGUCUCCGGCUGCAUCGCCAGCCACCGACAGCCCGCUGCAUGCCAACACGCACUAUCAGAGGCCGUCGUCGUUGCACGGUCUGAAGCACAAGCUGGGGGCGGGGGAGGUGCGGCGCGCCUCGCUGCAGCACAUGCCGCUCUCGCCCCUCGCGCGCACCCCCUCGCCCUCGCCGCAGCCCGCGCAGCAGCCGGCCUCCCCCACCAGCCGCUGCGAGGCGCGCAGCCCCUCCCCGCUGGCGGCGCGCGAGUGCGGCCGCCGCGCCUGGCCGCGCCGCGACCCCGCCUCGCCGCUGCUGCGCCGCGCACUCUCGCCCGACAGAUUACAUCCGCGAUCGGCUGAGGCGAAGUGCUCCAUUUCGCCUCUCUGCUGUGGGGUGGGCGUGUCCGUGAGCAGCGGGGGCGGGGCGGGCGCGGGCAGGCGGGGCACGGGGUGGCGCGCGCCCGCCCCCGCCCCGCCCACACCCCCGCCCCCUGACAAACCUGAUGAACCGCCAUUGCCGAGGAUCGCAGAGGAAAAAGACUCGCCUACACAUCACGCUGGACAUUCCAAACUACCCACUAGGACCCCAGCAAAGCAGAGUACUCCAAGUAUCUUCACGUCGUCACCUAAGAGUGUAGACAGAGGUGUGGCGGAUGCGAAUGCCUCUUUCGCGUCGCUUUCUCUCUCAGAUGAAUCGUUUAUGGACACAUCUAUUGAUACGUCUAAUUUGGAUACUUCUAGAGAAGUAUUUUUGGAUGAUAGCAGAUCCAGUACAGAACCGAACGUAACAACAGAUAUAAGCAAAAAGACGACCACGACUUUCGAAACAAUGCCAUCUUCAAGUCAAACAGAUCCUCACUCGAAGACCAGACAGACGCCAGAAUCCAGCUCCAAAGAAGAAGACUUGAAGAAAGAAAAAAGCAAAACUAAAGAAAAAUCAGAAUUAAAGAAACAAGAUUCAAUAAAGAAAAUGGAGAUCUCAGAAGUAAAAGAAGAUAAAACGCCAGAAGUUAAAAUAGAGGAGAAACCAAAAGCAGAGAAACCGAUGGAGAGAGUUGGAUCUAUGAAGAAAUCGGAAAAGGCUGAGGCAAAGAAGGAGAAACAAGAAAAGGCGGAAUUGAAGAAGCAAGAGAAGAUAGAAGCAAAGAAGAAUGAGUCCGCAAAAAAGCUAGAAGGUUUGAAGAAACAAGAAUCUGUGGAGAUCAAUAAGUCUCCGGAAGCUGUGGAGUGUGUGGUGGGCGUGGCGGCAGGUGGCGGGGGCGGGGCCGGGGGCGUGUCGGAGGCGGGGCGCGGCCGGAACAGCAUGGUGAGCAAGCUGCUGGGCGUGAUGGGCCGCAAGACGCCGCGCGACCGCGACGACGAUGACCACCGCCCCGCCAAGAAACAGGACAAGCACGCCAAGAAGAAGGGUCAAAAUAACCCUCCAAUCCCACAAGUUGUGGUCGCGUUGCCUCCUAAACCGAACGAACCCGCGCCCGAGCGAGCAUGCGAGAAGACUGACAUCGUAGAAGACAAGAAGACGAAGAAGGGGCGUGGCCGCGCGUCCAGCUCCUCCUCCGGCGAGAAAUGAACCAAUAAACAACAAGGGGCGUGGCCUCGUGAGUAACGCCUCCAUCGAUAUUUAUACUAUUUUCGACUUUUAUAUAAAACAACUUCGACUUUGAAAUUCAAUGUACUGAAUAUUACACCUUAUGUCUUUCGUUUAAGGUCGUAAUUAGCAAAUCCGACGAACCAAAGAUCUACCUAUAACAUCAGAUUGAGAACAAAAUCAGCAUUUGUCUCCCUCUUUUUAAAACCACCAAGAAUAUUUUUACAAAGUCAUUCACUAAGUCGUUCACUAAUUCAUUCAUUCUCUUGUUACUAAACAUAAUUCCAUCGAGUUAUUGAGUAAUUUCUUAAUAUUGUCAAGGAAGUGAAAAUUCUCGCCUUAAAAUAACUAUAAUAAGGCGAGAGUAUUUUAUAAUAUGAGUGUAUUCUUUAUAAACGGCCAAAUACUGAAACGAAUUUUAAAUACUUCGUAAGCGCUUACAAUCUGACUGAGGUCAAAAAAGUAUUUGCAGUUAAAACGUAGCUCUAUCGCUUUAGACGCUUUGAAUUAUUUCAGUAUUCGGCCGUAAAUGUCUUCAUAAUCAAAUUAAUAUUAGUAAUUCGUCUGUAAUGUGACAGAUUCUAUUUUUACUACUAUAUGUGUCUACGAUUUUAUUAGGGCACAGUGCGACAAAUUUAUCUGGCCCGGUAGAUGAUACUAAAUUGUUCGUUUUGUUUUCUGUAAUAUAGACCGACAAAUUUGUCUGACCCGGUGUCAGUGAAAGUUACUUUAGCACACUAGCGCCCCCUCUGUGUCAUAAAUUGUUUGGCGGACUGUGGCUAAUUAAUUCUUUGUCUGUUUUUGUGUGUGUCAAAUUCUACGACUGUUUUUUUCUGGCAAAGGUAAUCGCGAUAACAGCGCCAUCUAUGGGCCAAAUAAGUUUGUACCACUAUAAGCAAUUUUUUCUACUAAAUGUCUUCGGUGUUGUAUAGGAAUGUAAUGUUAGCUUUUUUUAGACUAUACUUAGUGUUUAGAAGAACUGUAACUAUUUUCAGCUGAUCUCUUAAUGAUUUUGAGGUUAUAAAUGUCUAACAGAUUAAAAAAUAUAAUAAUGCUGUUGGUUACGUGAAAAAUUAGUACCAAAAUUUAAAAAAAUCUAUGUAUAUUGUCUACAUUUAAAGAAUUGUCUACAAGUCGUGAUGAAAACCAAAAUGAACGUUAUAAAAAGCUAGCUUUUUCUCUAAUAGACAGAAAAAGAUAUCGGACUCGGUAUUAACUAAAUUAUGACAGCCCAUUAAAGCCGCUGUUAAUUAAAAAAAAUCACAAAAGCGUAGGUAUUUUGUCAUUUUUACGUCAUUUUUAAUGUCCGUUUACAUACUACAGAACUAACAGCAACGACACACCGGAUCAGAUAUCCUUGUUUGACUAUACUAAAGAUGGCAGAUGUGACGUAUUGCGUUCUGAUUGGUUAGUGUACACACGUCAUCGUGACGUAUUGAUUUCCUAUUGGUUUGUUAUGUUAAUGUGUUCGCUGAUUGGCUAUUUGGAUUUAUUAGUAAAUUGUGAAAUUGUAUAAGCUUAAAAAGUACGCUACGGCUGAGUAAUUACUGUUCAUUGUUAAAUUUUGUUACUCAACAUGUUUUUCUGCAGUGGAAACAAAUCUUAUGACAUGUUUUUGAAUUAUUGAGGCUUUGUAUAGUAUGAAAUGUUUAUCAAUUUAACUGCAGAUUUGCCUAGAAAUUUCAUUCUUACAAAAACUAGCAUUGAAAGUGUUUAACUUUUAUAAAUUGUUUUAUUUUCCAGUAUUAUUGUUGAGGCGUAAAGGUUAUUUUUUCUAAAAAAAUUCUAAGAAUUACACGCUUUUUGUAUUAAUUUUUCGCGAAUUUCUCGUAUCCUUUAGAUUUAGGAACAUUGUGUGAUAUUUUAAUUCAUACCUAUUAUAUAAAAUUUAGGUUGUGUUUUUUCAUUUCUUAUUUUCAUUGUUCUAUACUUG